AUUCUGAAGGUCUUGCGUUAUGAGUUUAGAUAGUACUUCACUACUGCAGGGAAGUAUUUGAAAUCAAUAUGGGAGUUAAAAUAGAGAUAUUCAGAAUGGUGCUGUAUCUGUCUUUUCCUGUGGCAAUGUUUUGGAUCGCAAACCAGGCGGAGUUCUUUGAGGACUAUGUAGUAAAGACGAAGAGAGAAGUCUUCCCCCCUUAUGAAGAAGCACGGAGAAAAGAGUGGGAAGCAUUCAAAGAGCAAAUGCGUAAGCGACAAGAGGAGAAAAUGUUAAAGAAAUUUUCUGCCAGAGCAGACAACUGAGGAAUACUUGAAAAAAAGCAUGUUGUCUGGCCACUUGGCUGUAAUUCUUGGGAACAAGACAACAUUUUUCAACUUGGACUAAGGGCACUUUGCAUUUAAAAUAUCUACAAAGUAACACCGCCCGAAGAUGUGCUAGGAGUUUCUAAGAAUCAAUCAUGCUCAGGAUGCCUCAUGCUGUUUCAUUUAUUCACGAGAUAGUUUCAUACAAGGUUUGUCAGAUGUUGUAUUUUGUUUUUGAUUAAAUGUGAUUAUCACAGCACAAUUAUUUACUUUAUUUUUUCUUUUUCAGUUGUGUUUAAUAUCACUGUGUUUUAUUUUGUAUGAUGUGUAUAAAAUGUGCAGAAACCGGAAUGUUUUGUUUUUUUGUU